GAAUUCUAAUGCGAUGACGUAAUUAAUAAAAGUGAAUUAUUCACAAGUUAACGAGAAUUUGACACAACGAGGAUGAACUGAAUUGUCCAUACGAGUACCGAGUGUCGCGCGCUGCCGUCAAACCUCGAAUGGCCUCGGGUUGGGUUAGUCGACGUACCUAUGACGUUGUGUUUACGAUAUUUUCGUUUGACGGGAGUAAAUUGGAGUAAAUGCGCUGGUUUCGUCGAUUUUAACGACCGGUGCGAACGACAAAAAGAGACUUGUAUUCUCCAUUCAAAAGUGAAAUAGUGCAUUCUCCUCGAAGAUACUUCUGAGGGGACCCAAGCCCCCGGAUUCAUUCGCUAAAUUCCAACUGAAAAAUGGGUAAACAUGAGCCUGGAACACCGAAAUACAUCGCCAACAAGAUCAAGUCGAAGGGCCUCCAGAAGCUGCGAUGGUACUGCCAGAUGUGUGAGAAGCAGUGCCGGGACGAGAAUGGCUUCAAGUGCCACACAAUGUCCGAGUCACAUCACAGGCAGCUUCUGCUGUUCGCUGACAAUGCCCACAAGUACAUGGAUCAGUUUUCCCAGGAGUUCUCCCACGGCUACCUGCACCUGUUGAAGAGACAGUUUGGGACUCGACGAGUGGCAGCCAACAGGGUCUACCAGGACUACAUCGCUGACAGGGGUCAUGUGCACAUGAAUGCAACUAUUUGGCUGAGUCUGACGGCGUUCGUCAAGUGGCUGGGGAGAACUGGCAAGUGCGUUGUUGACGAGACUGAGAAAGGAUGGUUCGUUACAUACAUUGACCGUGACCCAGAGACCCUAGCACUUCAGGAGAAGAAAGCGAAGAAAGAAAAAAUGGACAAAGACGAUGCAGAGCGUAUGAUGGACUUCAUCGAGAAGCAAGUGGAGCAAGGACGCCAAGAGGAUUCCGGCCCCCAGGAGGACACCCCGACGCCUCUCCAGCGGUCUGAAGAGGAUGGACCCCUAGUUCUCGACCUGAAACUCAAGAUGAAACCGAAACUGAUGGGACCACCUCUGGCUCCACCUCCGAAACGAGGAGAAUCCUCGAAGGCCUCGACAAUCAAGGAAGAGCCACAAUCAGAGGAAGAAUCUGAUGACAAUGACAGUCGAGCCCCCAGUGAGUGCAGAUCGGAGAUGAGUGUGAAGAGGUUCCACGAGGCUGAUGACAACUUCUCGAAAAAAGUCAAACGGGAGAGGAGAGACUCUGAGAGAGAGGAGGGCGGGGCAUCGACAUCGGGUGGAUGGCUCCAGGAAGGACUAGUGGUAAAAAUAAUAACAAAAACUCUGGGCCAAAAAUACUACAAGGCUAAAGGUGUCGUCCAGUCCCCAGUGCUGGAGUCUGGAUACGUCGGGAAGAUCAGGCUCACUUCGCCAGAGGUCGACGGUCACGUCGUGAAACUGGACCAGGAGCACCUGGAAACUGUGAUCCCAGCUAUAGGAAGAGAGGUGUUAAUUAUUCAGGGAAAACACAAGGGUUGCAAGGGAAUUAUAAGGAAAGUUCGAGUGGAGGAAUACAGCGUCGACGUUGACCUCUUGAGGGACGAGAGGUGCCUGAAAAAAUUACCGUACGAAUUCAUAUGCAAAUUCUCUGAGGUCUCCAAGUUGUAACGAAGGACUUCAAUAGUUUAAGGACAAUUGUAAAUUUUUUUCGAUGUAUUUAAGAAUAUGUCAAUGUAAAUUUUUUUUAAGAAUUAUAAAACGAGAUGGAGAGGAGUUUUAAGUUA